AGGUUGGGCCCAAACCCAAUAGGAGUAGUAGCAAAGACUUGUUCUUCCCGUAACUCCCACAUGCUUUGAUCUUUGAACUUGAAGAAUCUGAGCUCUCCUCCUUUGAACUCCCAUCAUGUCUGACCACCACCAUCACCACCAUCAUUACCGCCCCAACCGUCUUUCUCUACCACCACGCACAACCAUCCCUAUAACCACCCCCACCCCAACCACCUCAAGAACCCCUUUAUACCCUCCUUUCACUCCAACACCAACUCCAUCCAAACACAGAACUUCCACAUAUUUCCCCACAACCAAAUCAGCAAAAACAUCAUCUUUGCCAUUUCUCUUCACUCUUCUCUUCUCACUUCGUUCUUUAUACUCUCUUCUCCCUUUCCUUCGUUCUUCCCCUUCUUCUUUCUCUCUUUUCCCUUUCUCUUUUCUUGUUUCUCUCCUCUCUUUCCUUCUCACUUUCUCUUUCUCUUUUUAUCACAAAAAUAAACAUGGGUUUGGGUUUGGGUUUUUCUCCUUCAAAAGAUCUCAGUACAAGCUUUUAUUAGCUAAAUCUUUUCUUCUUUCUGUAGUCUUUCUUAUCAGAUUUCAAGCACUACGUUAUUGUGGGGCUGCUGCAAUGAUUCUAGCUGAGGUUUCUGGUAAUAUAGCUGCCCGGUUUGUCUCUGAAGGAAAAAGGAACGAUCUUUUUAACCGAUCAGCUAAGAUUUGUGGGUUUAUUGCUAUGUUUAUUGGGUUAGUGUUGUUAUCUGUUAGUUGGGAUAAAAUUGAAUGUUUCCCUUUAUCUUAUGUUAAUGUUUAUGAAAUGGGGUUUUCGUUGCUUCCUAGGUAUAGUUGUAUUAGGAUUUGGCCAAUGUUGUUACCGUUUCUUUCGGGUUUUUUGGGGUGUUAUGAGAGUAGUUCUAUGAAUUGGGUUAGUUUAAGGGAGAUGGGUAAGAAGAAAGUUAGGUUGGUGUCUUUGUUUUUUACAACUGUAAUGUUAUUUGUACCUGCUGUUAUAAGUAUGUUUGUGUUUGAAGCAGACGGGGAUAGUAUAUCUAUUUCGAAUCUCGGUUGGCCUUUAGUGAAUACUGUAGUUUUUGGUGUGCUUUUGAGUGAGAAUUUUACUGCUGAGAAGCCGGUUUCGUCUAAGGAUUUACAAAAAGAGUAUCUUGUGACUUAUGUAUGUACUGUUGUAUUGGAAUUGUUUUAUUUUCCUGAGCUUUCGCUUUGGGGAUUGUUGAUAUGUGGAUUGUUGCUCUGGAUUUCUGUAAGGAAUUUGGAUCCUGUUGACCCUAAUUAUCUCGAGUUGGGGUUGGAACCGUCGGAUUGGUUUACGACUUCAGUUAUGAAACCUCUCCGGCAUAUCUUGGGUGAGAGGAAGUCACGGAAGAUUGCGCUUUUCCUUUUGAUAAACACGGCUUACAUGGUUGUGGAAUUUGCUGCUGGUUUUAUGAGUAAUAGCCUUGGGUUAAUAUCAGAUGCUUGUCAUAUGCUGUUUGAUUGCGCAGCUCUAGCUAUUGGAUUAUAUGCAUCAUACAUAUCACGGUUGCCAGCAAAUGGUCAGUUUAAUUAUGGUCGUGGAAGAUUUGAGAUUCUUUCUGGGUAUGCAAAUGCGGUUUUGUUAGUCCUUGUGGGAGCGUUAAUUGUGCUUGAAUCAUUUGAGAGAAUAUUAGACCCUCAGGAGGUUUCCACUAACAGUCUAUUGUCAGUGUCUGUUGGAGGGCUACUUGUUAAUAUUGUGGGUUUGAUCUUCUUUCACGAGGAACAUCAUCAUGCCCAUGGCGGAUCAUGUUCACAUUCCCAUUCGCAUUCUCAUUCCCACUCCAAGUCCCAUAUGGAUCGCCACAACGACCAACAUCACCAUGAUCAUGGUGGUCAUCAUGAUCAUCAUUUGCAUCACCAUAAUCAUCAUUUACAUGACCAUGAUCAUGGUGGUAACCAGAUACAACAGGAACAAAUCAGUAUUGUCCAUGAAUGCCAUGAAUCAUGUUCUAGUCAUGCUGGUCAUGGACAUCACGCCGACAAUAAAAACCAAAGCAACAAAGAAAAAGAAUGGAAUGAAAAUAACACUCCUCAUUCUCAUGACCAUAACCAUGGGCAUCAUCAUCAUGAUGGUGCUGACCAACAUUGUUCUCAUGAUCAUAAACAUGUUACUACAGACAAGGUUGUCACUGAGAAACAUCACAGCCAACACCGCCACAUUGAUCAUAACAUGGAAGGCAUCUUUUUGCAUGUUCUGGCUGACACCUUGGGUAGUGUUGGGGUGGUAAUUUCAACGCUCUUAAUAAAGUACAAGGGAUGGCUAGUUGCUGAUCCUGCCUGCUCAAUUUUUAUCUCUGUACUGAUUAUAUCUUCAGUAAUCCCAUUGCUAAGGAAUUCAGCAGAAAUUUUACUGCAAAGAGUUCCAAGGGCUCACGAACAUGAUUUGAUGGAAGCUGUAAAUGAUGUUAUGAAGAUAAAAGGUUUAUCUGGGAUACAAAAGCUGCAUGUUUGGAGCUUCACGAACACAGAUGUUAUUGGGACCCUCCAUCUUCUCGUUUCAAGCGAGAGUGAGAAGUUAUCUGCAAAGACACAAGUAUCUGAAAUAUUACAUCAUGCUGGGAUCAAGGAUUUGACAAUGCAAGUAGAAUGCAUCCAAAGUAGUUAGUCAAAUUGGAGGCUUUGACCAAUUACUAGAAGUGCUUAGUGUGUGUGUUCAACUGUAUCAAAUGGAGAUCCCUUGAGACAUGAGGUGAUGUACAGUCUGUUGAGUAAGUUAUAUAUAUAUAUAUUUUUUUUUCAAAAAUUUUUGUUGAAACUUUUAAAUUUUCUAACGUAUAUUCAAUUUCUGUCCUGGACCCCCUUAGAGGGUUUGAGCCCAGUUGAA